AAAAAAAAUUUCCUCUGGCGGGUCUCGCUAGAUUUUCCUUCUUCGCCCCGCCAACGCUACGUUCGCUGCUAAAUACAACUUAUCUCCUGCAUCAACGAAUCUAUCUUUCAAAGUAUUUUUCCGACUUGAUGAUUGCCUUCGGGCAGACAUGCGCUCCCACUUUGGCUGCGUGACAUGUAGACAACGUAAAGUGAAAUGCAACGAGGAGAGGCCUAUAUGCGGCCCAUGUGCCAAGUCCUCCCGUGAUUGUGUCUUCUCCGACUGCAUAUUCCGUCACUACAGUGCCAGCGAUCUCGCCGGCGAUGAAACCGGAUACGCGACACAGACAUGGGUCAAAGUACCUUCUGACCUCGUCUUUUUCCAGGUCAAAGACCCUUUCGCUGACGACGAGGAACCAACAUUCCUUCUGGAGAAGCAUCGUUCAAUUACGGCUACGCCGAUAACCCCUGCCAGUGAACAAGAGGUGAUUGCGAGAUCUGCUCAUAGUUCCGCACUGCCUACAAAAAAUGGGGUCUUGACCGCAAUUCUGGUCCGACAUUUCAAAGAAGGUCCUAGUCAAUGGUUGGACUGCUUUGACACCAAUGCCUAUUACUCCAUCAAGGUGCCCGUCAUGGUGGCUACCCGGCCCAUGCUGAAAGCUGCUGCAUGUGCCCUUGCCGCCAAACAUCUGCACCGGAUGUGCCAGGGAGAUGCUCGUCGGAUGUUGCAGUUAGCCCAUCUUCGCAACAGCCCCCUUCAGUGGGCUGUUAGAGGGGUUGACUUGAAAUAUGAAUCAGUACGUCUUUAUGACGAAGCUAUUCGGUACUUGAAAGACGCGAUAAGGCUGGAGAUUCCGAACAGCCGGCGAGACGAGAUGUUCGCCGUCGUUGCCAUUCUUUGCAUGUACGAGUUGAUCGAUGCUCCCGGUACCGAAUGGCGAGCACAUUUAAGCGCCCUGCCCUUCCUCUAUUGCGGGACUGUGGAUGAUUUCAGCUCGACAUCCUCUCUACCAAACUCUCUGCUGCACAUCUCGCGCUCGGUUUUUUGGAGUCUCGUUCGCCAAGACUGUCUUUCGGCUUUCAUCAACGAGACACAAACUCGCCUCAACCUCUUCGACCUUGUCAUCUGGCGCAAUUUCGGUCUUAAUAUUUCCGCCCAUGGUCAUCUCUUACCACCCUCCGUCUCCUCUACUACCAUCAACACCCCCAUUUCCUCCUCUCCGAGCCCUCAUGCCCGAGUCCCAUCACACAGUGCUUGGCUUGAGGAAGACACACUCAGCAAUGCCUUAGUUUGGAUAAUGGGCAAGAUCAUAAACUUCAUCACGAGCGGUGACGGAAUCAAUCCAGGAGACUACGAGAGCCCUCCAGGCCAACGUCCAUGUUUCGGCACCACACAAGAGGAUCUCCUAGAACGAUGGAAAUUACUAGAGUUCGAGCUGACUGCCUGGUACGAUACCUUACCCGAUUCUUUUAAACCGUGUGGUCGUACCCAACUGUUUCUGUCCAACUUCGAUCCGACACAUCAAGAACCUAUCCCCACCCCUACAGAGAAUGUCGGAGAUGCAGAUACGAUAGAUGCGAUCUCCUUCAUCAUUCCCAUGUGUGCCGUCACCAUCCAGACCUACCACAUGGGCCGCAUCCUGCUUUUGAGCAAUAUGCCGCAAGAAUCUACAGCUAUUCGGUCAACCGUGACGGCGCGACUGCGCCAUUAUCGUCAGAUCGCGGGGUUGGUGGUGCGUCAUGCGCGCGAGAUCUGUGGGAUUAGUCUAGCUGGGUUGCCCGAUGCGAUACUUUCGCAUACAGUUCAACCGUUGUUCGUGGCAGGACAGUGCUUCGAGGGGGAUGCGGAGAGGCUAUUAGUAGUGGAUCUGCUGCGACGUGUGGAGAGCGAUACGGGAUGGGCAACAGAGUAUCGGGUGAAGGAGUUGCAAAAGCAAUGGGCGGAUGGGGGGUUGCGGUGUGGGAGAUAGUUAGCCAAACCAUUCCAACUUGUAAGGAAGUGAAUCCUUACAAGCCACUCGUAUGUGUACCUGAGUAUAUAGGGGGCUUUAGGGAUCCGCAGAGUAUCUGCGGGUAAUGCGGGCCUUAUGGUCUUGUAUUAACUUUUUCCCCUAAAAAGAGUUGCUUACACAACUAUAGUUAUCUAUGAAUUUGCGGUGUAUUAUCUGGAUAGUGACAGUAUUGUGAAUUGGUACAAACGAAAUUGAAAUGCAUUUGAUGCAAUUGGGCCCUGCAGACAUGAUUCGUUGCAGAUAGCGACAUAUCAACAAAUCCUAUACAACAGAUGGUGGGAG